UUUCCGCAGACUUGACUACUGAUGAACGGCGACAUCAGUGCGAUUCAAAGAAAGGAGGGAUGAGAGUGAGCAGAGGAAGCAGAGAGAGGUAGAACCGCUGCACAUCUGGACACAGCUGGAGGAAAGCAAGCAGCCCGGCGGCCUCCAUCAGCUCCGCAGCUUCCUCUAAAGAUACAUUAGGCAGUCUACCUGAGACAGACCUGACGGACCCAGUUGGAGCCAAAGAAUGGAAGUGUUGUUGGGGUUUCUGUUCCUCACUUCUGUCGCUGUUAAGGCAGAUGUGGGAAAUGUGUGUGUAUCAGGUCACGACAGAGGGCCCAUGUUUGAAGAACAGCCGAGCAGUUUAAUUUAUCCAGAGGGCUUGACUGAAGGCAAAAUAACCCUCAGCUGCCAGGCUAGAGCCAAUCCACUGGCAACCUACUCGUGGAAACUGAAUGGCACCCUGCUGGAGCUGGGGUCCAGCCGCUACACUUUAGUGGCUGGCAGCCUGGUGAUCAGCAACCCGAACAGUAUUCAGGACACAGGGUCGUACCAGUGUCUGGCUAAGAACCCGUGUGGGACCAUCAUCAGCCGGGCUGCUAAUGUCAAGUUUGGCUACCUUCAUGAUUUCCCCCCUAACAGCAGGACUUCACAGACUGUAUAUGAGGGUGCAGGGACCGUCCAUGCCUGUCAGCCCCCCCCACAUUACCCAGCUCUGUCCUAUCGCUGGUACUUCAACGAGUUCCCCAACUUCAUUAGGAAGGACGAUGGCCGCUGGUUUGUGUCACAGGUCACAGGGAACCUGUACUUGGCCAAAGCAGAGUUGAAUGAUACUGGGAACUACUUCUGCUUCACUACCAUCAAUCUGGACAUCAGCACCAAAAGCACCUUCAGCAAAGGCAGCCUGCUCACCGUAAUGCCAGACGCCAAUCCCAGGAGGUCAGCACCAAGCAUCAAACUGCGCUUCCCAGCAGAGACGUAUGCUCUCGCCGGACACACUGCCCAGUUGGAAUGUUUCGCUUACGGAAAUCCUGUCCCUAAGCUUCGAUGGAGGAAGGUUGACGGUUUAAUGCCGUCUAAAGCAGGCUCCUCCUCAGAGAGCCCCACCCUCACCCUACCUGAGCUCUCCUUUGAUGAUGAGGGCAUCUAUGAGUGUGAAGCCUACAAUUCUGAGGGAAAAGACACGUACCAAGGACGCAUCGUAGUGCAAGCUCAGCCGGAGUGGCUGCAGGUCAUGAGCGACUCAGAGGUGGAGAUCAGCUCCGAACUUCACUGGACCUGCUUGGCUGCUGGAAAACCUCGACCCACUGUUCGCUGGAUACGCAACGGAUUGUUUCUUUCCUCGCAGGAUCGGCUGGUUGUGAACGGAGCUCAUCUGAGGAUCAGUAACCUGGCCCUUGAGGAUUCAGGGAUGUACCAGUGUGUGGCCGAGAACAAACAUGGCACCAUUUAUUCUUCUGCAGAGCUGAGGGUCCAAGUCCAAGCUCCUGACUUCCGGUUGAAUCCGGUUAGGAAACUGAUCCCAGCAGCCAGAGGUGGCCAGGUAGUGAUGGAGUGUCGCCCUCGUGCAGCACCCAAGCCCAUCCUGUUCUGGAGCCGCGGGACGGAGCUCCUUACCAACAGCAGCAGAAUCAAAGUGACUCCAGAUGGUACUUUGUGGGUCUAUAACAUCAGCCGGGCAGAUGAAGGGAAAUAUACCUGCUUUGCUGAAAAUUACCUGGGCAAGGCCAACAGUACGGGACAUCUAUCUGUUAGAGAUGCCACCAAAAUCACUCUGGCUCCUUCCAAUGCCGAUGUCAACCAGGGGGAGAACGUCACGCUGCAGUGUCAUGCCUCCCACGACCCCACCAUGGACUUGACUUUCACCUGGGCUCUUAAUGGGAUGCCGCUGGACCUGGAGAAAUCAGCUGGGCUGUACCAGCGGGUGGAGGGGAAAGAAAACAUCGGCGACCUGCUGAUCGUAAACGCUCAGCUGAGCCAGGCAGGAAUAUUUACCUGCACGGCUCAGACGGUGGUGGACAGCGCUUCUUCUUCAGCUAAACUGGUGGUCAGAGGACCUCCUGGACCCCCUGGAGUUUUGCUGGUGAAGAAUGUGGCCGAGACAUCAGUGGAGCUGAAGUGGAGUCGCGGCCAUGAUAACCACAGUCCCAUUGGCAAAUACAUCAUAAUGGGUCGAUCGUCACUCUCAUCAGAAUGGAAGAAGAUGAUGACAGAACCAGCAAACAUUGAGGGGAACGCAGAGUCUGCACGAGUGAGUGGACUUAUUCCCUGGAUGGAUUAUGAAUUCCAGGUGAUUGCCAGCAACAUUCUGGGCAGCGGAGAGCCUAGCAUGCCGUCCCACGUCAUCCGCACAAAGCAAGCAGCACCAACAGUGGCCCCUAGUGGACUUGGUGGAGGAGGAGGAAACCCCCAUGAACUGAUAGUUACCUGGACGUCCAUGGCCAGGGAGUACCAGAACGGCGAUGGCUUUGGUUACAUUCUGGCGUUCAGGAAGAAAGACACAGCAGCAUGGUCAGAGGUGCAAAUUCCACACCUGGAGUCCUCUCGAUAUGUCUACUACAAUGAAAGCCUGACGCCAUACACGGCAUUUGAAGUAAGGAUCAAAGCUUAUAACCGUAAAGGAGAAGGUCCGUUCAGUCAGCUCUCAGAGGUCUACUCUGCAGAGGAAGAGCCCACUGCGAGACCCUCCAGCGUCAAUGCCACGGCGCUCUCUGCCUUUGAGAUCCAGGUGUCAUGGGAGCCCGUCCAGCUGUUCAGCAACGAUAUCAUCCGAGGAUACGAGAUCCGGUACUGGCGGCAGCAUGAAAGGGAGGCGGCGGCGGACCGAGUACGGACCGCCGGGCUGCAGCCUUCAGCCAGGGUCUCUGGCCUUCGACCCAGCACUCGAUAUAACGUAGCCGUUCUGGCGUACAACAGCGCCGGCGCUGGGCCUGCGUCGCCUCGCACCAACGUCACCACCAGGAAACCACCACCUAAUCGUCCUCCAGGCAACAUAUCUACUGAAACUAAAGGAUCUGAAGUAACGCUGAGGUGGAGUCAUGUGACGGCUCUGCACAACGAGUCAGCUGUGUCGGGCUAUAAGGUUUUGUACAAACAUGAAGACCAGACUGUUAUGAAGGUUUUGGACAAAACAAAGACCUCAUUGAGCCUCCCUCUCCCUAAAGACUAUGGCUAUGUGGUGCUACAGAUCCGGACUUGCGGCGAGGGUGGAGACGGGCCGCCUCAUGAAGUCAUCGUUUCCCAGGACUCUGGAACUGGGAUGAUGGUGCAGAAAGAUGGCGGCUCCACGCUGGACGCAUCGCACGCCUGCAUCUCGGCUGGCUUGGUUCUCCUCGCUCUCACCUUCCCCUGAUCCCCGAUGGUCGCUGUCGAUAAACUCAAGGCUCCAGAUGGACUUGGUUUCAGUUAGAAUGUUUUUUAUUUUCUGAUAACAACAGUUUAAUAACUCACUGCAAUAGAGGCUGAGGGGAUUACGUGUGAUGGGAGCCAUCGCCGCUCAUGAUGAGGCAUUAUGCUGCUUUCAGACCGCGCGCAGCAGAAGCAGCAAAAACGCGCCUGCUGCUUCAUUUUUAAUGGUUGUAUAAGUUUAGUUCUGA